AUGUCUCCUUCGCCAAAGACUUUCCUCAUUGUCGGCGCGACCGGCAAUACCGGAAAGGCUGUCGUGCUCGAGCUUGCGCGUCUUCUUCCUGCUUCGGAAAGCUUUUUCGGCUACCGUAUCUUGGCUCUCACUCGCUCUGCCACGAGUCAAGCUGCUCAGGACCUGGCCAAACAUGGCGUUGAAGUCGAAGAGUACUCCUGGCCUGAGAUAACCGCGGACUGGUUGCAGAAGAGGAACGUUAGACGUGCUUUCAUUGCCUCGCACAAUGAACCACACCAUUUUGCGGAAGAAUCUACCUUCCACCGAGAAGCCCUCGAAGCUGGAGUCAACUACGUUGUUCGCAUUUCAACCACGGCAGCCAAUGUAGAGCCGGAUUGCCGGGCCUAUUACCCACGAGCACACUGGGCCAUCGAACACAUGCUGUCGCAACCUCAAUACUCAAAUUUGCAAUGGACGUCGCUUCAGCCAAACGUCUUUCACGCUUAUUACCUCAACACGGCCGCACAAUUUAUUCACGAGCAUCAUAAGAGCGGAAACGUCAAAGCAGGUCGACUGCACUUACAAGCCAACGAGGACGGACUGACUGCCCCGAUUGAUCCCGGUGAGGUUGGCAUUGUCGCUGCCAGACUUCUUGGUCAGGAAGACGUCGGCCCAUACAACCAUGCAAAGCUCGUCUUGCAAGGACCAACAGACAUAACUGGACGCGACAUUGUACGCAUGGUCGAGAGGCGCAUUGGAACAAAGGUAGAAGAUAUUAAGUAUAAAGAUCUCGCUUACCUGGAUGAGUACUUUCAGAAAGGCCCACACAGCUGCAACGUCAUGUCAUCCAUCAAAUAUGCCUUCAUCGUGGGCUGGGACGGCAAGAACACGGCAGACACUACCUCCGAGCAGGUCCGCAAGCUCGGACCUCCGACUGUAGGACCGGAGGAAGCGCUUGAUAAGAUGAUUGCCGCACUCAAAAUGCAACAUGCAUGA